CGUUGACAUUUUGAGCUGGAAAUUCUUUUUUGUUUUGUAGGAUUUUAGCAGCAACCCUUUUUACUAAAGGGUACUAGUAGUGGUACAUCCUUCCCCACCCCCAGUCGUGACAAUCAGAGUGUCUCCAAACCUUGUCACAUGUUUCUUGGGGGACAUAUUCCUCCCAACAAAGAACUACUGAGUAGAGGGAAGGCUGACAUGCGUCGGGUCCAGAAAGUGUGGCAACUACGCUCCUAGGAUGGAUCUCUCUUCUGAGCACAAUGAAUAAUCAAGUUAUUGAGCCUUCAGCAGGCGGGGCUCAUGCAGAUGUGCCCCUGGUCUGGCUGGGAGGCGGGCGGUUCUAUGCAGACGAGGGGGCGGUGCCUGCAUGUUGAUAAGCUGGGCUGGCUGCCGACGCGGCUGCGAGCCCCAGUAGGUCCCGCUGCGGUUCCGGCUAAAGUGGCAUCCCUCUCCCGCCACCCUUUGUCCCUGGGUCCCUACCUUCUGAGGAUCGCCCUUGAUCUUACCCUCAUCCAUUUCCUACUCCCUGAACAGCUCCCCCCCGUAUCUGAAUAUCUCCACUCCUGGAGCCCCCAGCGUUUCUCCCUUCCCGUCGCAAACCCCACGACCUCCAGCAGCCCGCCCCCGCGGGCCCGAUCUGCCAGGCGGCUCCCGCCGCAGCCUCCUCAGCCUUCCCGCUCUCCCAGGGAUCGCCCUAUUACAACCCCAGGUGUCCGCGCUGGGGUGUCCCUGCUUCUUCCUCCUGUCCCCUCAGAGCCCCCUCCCUCGCCCUGGCCAGCCGGCAUGCAGGUGUCUAUCGCGUGUACCGAACAGAACCUUCGCAGCCGAAGCAGUGAGGACCGUCUGUGUGGACCCCGGCCGGGUCCCGGGGGCGGUAAUGGAGGGCCAGUCGGUGGGGGGCAUGGGAAUCCUUCGGGGGGCGGCGGGUCCGGCUUUAAGGCCCGAGCCGCUCUGGUUCCCCGACCUCCAGCGCCCGCUGGGGCCCUGCGCGAAAGCACCGGCCGAAGCACUGGCAUGAAAUACAGGAAUCUAGGAAAGUCUGGUCUUCGAGUGUCCUGUCUUGGCCUGGGUACCUGGGUCACAUUUGGUUCUCAGAUCUCAGAUGAGACAGCAGAAGAUGUGCUGACAAUUGCUUAUGAGCAUGGUAUAAACCUGUUUGACACCGCUGAAGUGUAUGCAGCAGGAAAGGCUGAAAGAACCCUAGGUAACAUCCUCAAGCGCAAAGGAUGGAGGAGAUCAAGCUAUGUCAUCACCACCAAGAUUUUUGGGGGAGGACAGGCAGAAACUGAACGAGGCUUAAGUCGCAAACACAUCAUUGAAGGCUUGCGAGGAUCCCUGGAACGCCUCCAGCUGGAAUAUGUGGAUAUCGUCUUCGCCAAUCGCUCAGACCCUAACAGUCCUAUGGAGGAGAUUGUGCGAGCUAUGACCUACGUCAUCAACCAAGGGCUGGCCCUAUAUUGGGGGACAUCCCGAUGGGGGGCUGCAGAAAUCAUGGAAGCCUACUCCAUGGCCAGACAGUUUAAUCUGAUUCCUCCGGUGUGUGAACAAGUGGAGCACCACCUAUUUCAGAGGGAGAAAGCGGAGAUGCAGCUGCCUGAGCUCUAUCACAAGAUUGGUGUUGGUUCAGUCACUUGGUCUCCUCUGGCCUGUGGUCUCAUUACUAGCAAGUAUGAUGGGCGACUCCCAGAUUCCUGCAGGGCCAGCAUCAAGGGCUACCAGUGGCUCAAGGACAAAGUACAGAGUGAGGAUGGCAAGAAACAACAAGCCAAAGCCAUGGACCUUCUGCCCAUUGCUCACCAGCUGGGCUGCACUGUGGCCCAGCUUGCUAUUGCCUGGUGUCUCCGCAGUGAGGGUGUCAGCUCGGUUUUGCUGGGGGUGUCCAGUGAAGAGCAGCUGAUGGAACACCUGGGCUCACUACAGGCCUUCUUCCUAAUCCUGGGCAUGAGCUAUGGGCGUACACUCUCUGCCGUUUGGUCUGGCUCCUUUCUCUCUUCUCCCUUGUGCCGGGGCCCAGAAAAAACACGGCAGAUGCAAGAACAUGCAGAGUACCUCAAAAGUGACUCUUGAAAUGUCAUCAAGGGGACUCUGAUUUCCUGGAGACAGAAAGUGGGUGGAAAGUUACAACCCUCAAAGAUCACAAGGCAGAGGAGGAUGAGAUCUGCCUUCCUUAAAUACAACCUCACCAUCUCCCUUCUAUCCCCCUUCAUCCUGCCUUGAUCCUGAAGCUGGGAGCACAGAGUAAAACCUAUUUCCAAAAGAGAGAACCCAGGAGCAUGCCAUUUACUGGAUUAGCAACCAACAAGAUCAACUAAUUAAUACUUACAUCCACCCCUAUCAUCUCCCACUCAUUUUGGAAGACUGUGGAGGAAACAAAGAAGUAAAAUGUAUGACUAAACUAUGAUUAGUUCUUCUGUAACAAACACACAAGAAUUUAUCAAUUCAAAAUAGUAUUCUCCUUAAAUAGUUCUCUUGGAGAGUUAUGCAUUUCUUGUAAUGUUGCCUACCCCAUUGCUGAAUACAUUUUAAAACUCCUCUUAGAAUUGCCUUCAGAGGCAGUUUAGAAGCCCCUUGGGGGGGGGGACACCCAAAAUAAAAACCUUCCUUUACUGUCAUACCUCCUAUGUAUAUAAACAUUAGCCAUAUUUCUCACCCACCUUAUUCAUGAAUUUAACAAGUAUUUGUUUAUUGAGUUCUGCUAUAGUAUGGCACAGGGAUAUAGUGGUGAACAAAACCAGACUCAGAACAAUUGUUGUGCAGUUUACUGAUGGGAGAGAGAAACAAUCAAAUGACCACCAACCAAAUACAAACUUCAGUUGUCCAAAGUCCAGAGGGGGAAAAGAGGGGAGGGAUGAGGGGAAUAGCAUACACAAAGGCCUUUUGAAGAAGGGAACUUGCAAGCUGUGUUAGCUUUUCGUUGCUUUGACAAAAUGCCUGAUUAAACAACUUAAAGGGAGGAAAAAUAUUUUGGCUCACGGUUUCAGACUUUUCAGUUCAUGGUCACUUGGCCCCUUGCUUUUGGACCUAUGGUGAGGCAAAAUAUCAUGAUAGAAGCAUACUGGAGAGGAAACUCUCAUCUCAUGGUGGUCAGGAAGCAGAGGAAAAGGAAGGGUCCAGGUCCCAAUAUCCCC